GUCGUUGCGCGGGAUGUCAUUUCAGAAUUGGGAGUUCGAUAUGGGCGAAAUGGAAUAGUCAUUUUAAACUGAAUUUAUGUUGAACGAAGUAUUUAUUUAAACCGCUUCGAAUCGUUUAUUCCAUCACAAGUUUGAAUGAUUAGGAGAACUUAGAAUAUUUUUGGAUGUGUGAAAAUAUAAGUGAAAUGCCAUAAGUAUUUUUUAACCAAAAAAGCAAAUUAGUUACAUUUCCAAUCUGUCAACAUGGCGGAGGUAUAUGAUAUUUUCGACAAAUUCUGCAUUCACUAUUUCAACAGCAGCUAUUGCCCUUAUGGUGAUCAGUGUUCAUAUCCACAUAAAGGACAAUUUGAAGUAGAACAGAUUCAUUACACACCAGGCAAUGAAUAUUUUGUGGGACAUAUUAGAGUACACCACAGAAUAUGUCGAUUCUUUUUGAGAGGUAAUUGUGUCCAUCAAGAGAAUUGUCGUUAUCGUCAUGAAAUGACUAAUGAAAUACCUAGUGUACAAAAAGGAAUAGAAAGAUCAAGUAGAGCACCAAGAGCAAAUGCUCACUGCAUGCCAUCUACAUCCCAGUCAGAAACCGUAACAAAUAAGAAUUCCAUAAAUAAUAGCAGAGAUUUGCAAAACAAAGAAAGAAUUAUACCCUGCAUUAAAGAUAAAGACAAUAAACCUCAACCUGAUGGAGAUAAAGUAGAGGAAGGUGCUUGUGCUUCCCCGCCAUUAACUGAUAUUUACGAUUCUUGGGUUAAUGCCCCCGAAUUUGUGCCAAAAAGUUCAAAACCAAAAAGUUAUGCAGAAGCUCUCAGUUCUGAAUCAGUUGCCGAAAAUAAUGCAAAUAAAAAGCUGUGUCCUUAUCUCAGCAAAGAUGGCUUGUGUAAAAAUUUGACUGUUUGUAACUACAUCCAUGGGGAAAUGUGUGAUAUGUGUGAAAGACUUAUUUUACAUCCUUAUAAUGAAGAACAGCGGAAAAGGCAUCGACAAGAAUGUUUAAAGCAACACGAAAGAAACAUGGAAUUAUCCUUUGCUGUUGCAAGGUCUCAAGAAAAAACAUGUGGUGUAUGCUUUGAAGUUAUUAUGGAAAAAACAAAUGGAGAACAAAGAUUUGGUAUUCUGCCAAACUGUAACCACUGUUUCUGCUUAAGUUGUAUUCGAAAAUGGAGACAAGCUCGUCAAUUCGAAAAUAAAAUAAUCAGAGCUUGUCCUGAGUGUAGAGUCACUUCAGAUUUUGUCUGUCCAAGUAUGUAUUGGGUUGAUACCAAGGAAGACAAAGAUAAAUUAAUUGAAGAUUAUAAAAAGGCAUUAGCAAAAAAAGACUGCAAAUACUUUAAAAAGGGACAAGGCAAUUGUCCAUUUGGAAACAAAUGUUUCUACCUUCACGCCUUCCCCGAUGGCAGAAAAUGUGAUGUUGGGCCACCACCAAGACAAAGGCGUGCUAGAAAUGCUGACACUGAUAUGGAUGUCCUUCAGCAGGUGAUGCUAUGGGAUUUUCUCGACGAACGAGAUUUUCCAUGGCAAUCUCUGGCAGAUGAUUUGGAGGAUCUAGUUUCUUUUUUUACAGAUUCAGAGGAUUCAGAUUUUUCAGAUUUCGAAUUCUUUUUAGAUUAGUCUUUACAUAUAGUUAGAAUGCCAAGAUAUUUUGAUUACAUUAAUAGAUUUUAUUUUUAGGUUUUUCCUGAAUUCUGAAGCAGAACAAUAUAUGUCGAGAUAUAUGCUAUUAUCGAAUUAUUUGUAGAAUAAUUAAUGUAUAUAUUGUUAGUUGAUAUUUCCAAACCAGUUUCUCAACAGAGUGUGAGCAACAAUGACUUUUCAUUGCAUUGCUUUGUAAUUUUAUUUGUUCCCGUUUCGGUUUUGGGUGCGUGUUUAUAUAUUCUAGCUGUUCAAUGCAAACUGAAAUGCAAAGUAUAUAAAAUAUAUUUUGGUGCUCAUUUGUGGACUUUUUGUCAAGCGUUUUAAACAGAAUGUACCUUGUUCAUUGUAUAAUAUGUGUUAGUUCAGUUAUUUUAUAAAAAAUUUUUAGUGGGUGAAAGGAAUUGAAUAUUUGUUUUUUAUUGAAACCUUAGUUCUAAUAAGAAAACCAUGUAAGACUUGUAAAAGACAAAAAAGUUGUGGUAACUAGUAAAAAACUUCGAAUAUAUAUUGAAACAAUGAAUUGAAAAAAUAGCCGAAACAAUUUUUCUGUCUAUAAUCAACCCUUUACUGGUUUUGUACAAAAUUCGUGUGCGUUUAUUUCCAUUUGUUUUUUUAAAGCCUUGCCUUUACAUAUACAUAUUGGCAAAAAUUUUCUCAACGUGGAUAAUUUUUUAUUUUAAAUUGAAUUUUAGUCGUCUUCUCAAUGUUUCCAAUUAUUUUCUUAUUACUUUUAUAAUAUUUUUUCGUUUUAUAACUAUCUUCAUUUUUUUUUUGUUCAUCUUCACUACCUUUAUCAUAUACUAUACCAUCAACUCAACAUCAUUAAAUUUUGUUAUCAAUUAUCAAUCGUCGACAUAUAAAGGAAAAUAAUAGUCUCACAUUUUUUAUCAAUGGUAAAGGUAAGAUGAUAAAGCUUUAGGUUUUGCUAGUGCGCACAGUACUGCAAAUGUUUUACAAAAAAACUCACUCUUAAAUUCAGACCAAAGAAUCAAUAAUAUGUUCUCAAAAAUCUAUUCUUCCAUUCAUCUAAGCCUUUCUUACUUAUGUCAAUUUUGAUUAUCCUAGUUUCCAUUUUCAAAGACAUGAAAUUACUUACCCCUGUACCAAAUUUUGUUUAAUGGCAUAUUUUCACCCAUCCGUACAGCUUUUUAUCUUGUCGGAUUUUUUGAAAUGGUUAUUUCAUACCGACCAUACUUUUACUACAACUAAACAAACACUUCAAUUGCCCUUGGAGAACCAAUUGUUGGUGUAUUGGUAAUAAACAGUUUGUUCAAUAUUUUUUAACUACUAUACGAAAUUUGUACACAUCAAUACAACCUUGUAAGUUUUUUUUCAAUAAAUGCUAACCAAUUCACAAAAGCACAGUGAAUACACUGAAACUAUAAUAAACUGAAGGUAUUAGUACAAAAUAGCAUUAUUGAAUUAAGCAUACUGAAAUUUUUGUGUAUUGGUAAUACUUAAGUUAUUGAUUUGUAAUUGAAAAUUUUUGAUAUUUUAUGUAUAUAUUUAAAUUGCAAAAAAUGCCAGUAAUUUUCAUUAAUUUAUAACAGAGUCAAAAUGCCGUUAUUUUUUCAUUCAUUAAAUUAAGAACUUCCUCAUUUAUAUAAAAUCGUCUAUUGAGGGUCAGUUUAUAUCAUUUAUGCUGAUGAUUCAACUCCUGUCCAAAACUGGUUCUCAAAACGAUCAAAAAAAAGUUCUCUAAAAUUUUUCAUUAGAAAUUUUCCAAUUGCUUUUCUUAUAUUUAAAGAAACGCAUUGGUUCCAUCUAAUUAACUUCCUUACUUUUUCUUUGAAAUAUGUGAAGCCCGAACAUACAAAGUAUGGAGUUUUUUUUAAAUCAAAUAUGAAAGGUAAAUUCAAAAACACCAAUAUUAUAUGAAAUGAUACCUCAACAAACAGUAAUACUUUGACAUUUUGACGCAUUGUAUUUCAUUGCACUAGUCUUGAAUUUAACAGUCUUGUUAAAUUCAUAAAGGCAGUUGUAGGGUUUCUACAGUUGGUAACGUCUUUCAUCUCCCAACUAUCUUCAAAUUUCACAUCUACGUUUUUUUCCAUAAAUGUUAUGGUUAUUUUACGUUUCCUUUUACAUAUAGGAUUCCAUCUCAUUCUUUUAACCCACACUAUUUCACCACAUAGAAGUUUUAUCCCCUAUACGACUCAAAAACACAUUUUCUUUUUACGUUUCGCCUUCUUUGUAUUCCGUCUAGUGUAUUUUUUAAACUACACAUGUACUUUAAAUUGAUAUCAAUCACAAGAAUUGAUAUGAACAUUAAAGAAAAAAAUAUGCAGGAUAAUUAAAUAAAGGUAUACAAGAUACCGUUGAGCUCUUUGGAAAAUAAAAAUCAUUUUUCAAAUACUGACAUAAUUUGUAUGGAUUAUUUACAGACUGACUGUUAACAAGAAUAUAUACAUAUAUUAUACAAACAGGGCGAUCCAAUAUUUCUUAUGAGGCGGGUGGAAAUUGAGUUAUUUUGUGUUGGUUUUAUAGAGUGAAGCAAACCCCUUUUUCUGAUUUCAUUGGUAAUAAGUAUCUGAACAUUUAAAAAGACAAGUUAAAUUGAAGACUAUUGAUAUGAUUUCUAGUCAAUAAAAAUUAAUAUUUACAUCAAAAUGUCAAAUUGUAGCUGAUAUAUAACAUUUUUAUUCUUUUAAUGUAAUAUGGAUUAACAUUAAUUUAUGUCGGAUUAUGACAGAUUUCCUUAUUUGAUGUUACUGAUUUCGAUUGCAAACUAUAACUAAUUUUUUGAAUGUGGGGUCUAUUAUAUUAUCCUCCCUCCCUAUUCAAUUUUCUCUGAAUUUUUGUUAAUUUCUUUAAUGAAGAUAAAUUGUUUUCAAUUACUUAGUACAUUAGUUUUUCCCAGUUUUCCUUAUAGCACAUGUUGCUAAAAGAAUUAUUAUUCAUUUAACGCUUAUUAGAAUUUCCUAUAUUCUUUGUUCUAUUUCUUUCUUCUAUUAUUGAAGAUAUUUAUAUCUGUUACAUAAUUCCUUUGAUAGUUUGAAGAGUUUUCACUUUUUUUUAAUUUGUUUGGUAUUUUACAGCUUUUCUGUAUUAUUAUUUCUUACAGUUAUUGCUGUUAAAACCAAUAUUAUAAGUUACUUAACGUUUUAUUGUAAUUCAAAUGUUUUCAAAAUUUUUCUCAUGAUUAUUAUUUACAUCAGUUAUGUAUACGAGGAAUUCUCACUUGUUUUUUAUGACUAAGUUUUUUAUGUUUAUUAUUGAAUUUAUUUACAUCCUUUAUAAAAUUUUUCGAAUAUAUCGAGGAGUUUUCACCUGUUUCUUUAACUAUUGAGUAUUUACUAGUUCCGAAUGUUCCACAUAGCAAAAGCAGUAUCAUUGUUGAAUUUUCUUCUGCAUUUUUUAUUUAUAUGUUUAUACUUCCAUUAUUCAAUUUAAAUGAUAGUUGAAAAAAUUUGUUCCUUAAUUUUUUGGUAUUAUAUUUUCCUCGAGUAAAUUUAUUAUAGUUAUUUAUUCUUCAAUUAUUUUCAUAUCAAACUAGAUUCCACAAAAAAGAUGUUUUUAUUUUCAUAUACGAUUUGGUUUUAGUUUUCUUCACGUAAAUAUAACAAAAGUUCAGUUAAAAAGUUAAAAAAAGCUCCAGGUAACAUUAAAAAGUAGAAGACUAUGUAAUGAUACAGCAGUUAACACGAAUAAAAAUUUAUAUUAACGUAUUAUGACAAAACCGCACAAGAAAACUAAAUCGAGAAAACUAGCUUUUUGCUGAUUUCUUCAUAUAUAUAUAUAUAUAUAUAUAUAUAUAUAUAUAUAUAUAUAUAUAUAUAUAUAUACAUUAUUUAUUUUCAAAUUUGAAAGUGAUAUUCAAGUAAAGUCCAAUCUCUACUAAAAGUGCAAGAUUUUUUUAAACCCUAAUUAAAUUUAAAAAUUCUUAAUCAUAUAGAAUGUCAAGUUAUGUUGAACUGUAUUUUUUGAAAACCUUUUAAUAAUUUUAUGAAUUCCUGAGUGUGAACAAUUUUCUAGUAAUCGCCUUUUAAAUUUGUGUAUUACCAAAUUGUGAUUGGCCUCUCUAUAUAUAGUAGUCUGUAAAAUAGUUUAUAUAAUACAUUAGUACUAUGCAUAUAAACUGGCUAAAUGCUCUUGUUUUUAUUUGCUGUGGCUUUAUCUUGUGUUUGUUUUGUCAUGGUGUCGUUUAUGAAUUUCAAGUGUUUUUUUCAGAAUAUUCUGGCAAAUAUCAGAGUUGGUUGUGAUAAAUCUCUUUCGGUUAAUAUUAAUAAAUAUAUGUAACUUAAUAAAUAUUUUAUUGCUAGAUUUUGUUGUAUUGAGUUUUUUUAAGUUCCAACUUACAGAAAUCAGCAUUUUUAAAAGCAAAAAAUUUAGUAAAAUUCGUAAAAUGUUUUGAUCAUAGCUGUUGAUUUAUGAAAAUGAAAGGAUUGCAUUGGUGAUUUAUGUGAAGAUUGAUAUGAAAAACUUCAAAAAACAAAGAUUCUUAAAAUUUUUUCUAUUAGAAGCAAUAUUAUUAAUUCUAAGUAAGAUUAAGUAUUCAAUCCAAAAAAAUACCUCAAGGAAACCUCCGAUGGAAAGCAUUAGAUUUUGACAUAAUGCAGAUAAAACAAUAAAUAAUGCCCUAUACAUAUUGUCUAUUAUUAAAUAUAUUGGAAAUGAAGUUUUUCAGGUUGAUCUUCCCAUCUAUAACCAAAUGACAAGAAUUUUUUUAUUCCAUAUUAAAAUAGCUUUCUGACGACCUUUCUAUGCCUAAAGUAAUUCAAAAAUUUAUGAUUACUACGUCCCCCUCAGUGCACUAUUCGCCAGCAAAUGUAUUGUAGUUUAUUUAGAAUCUUACUGUUCUAAUAUACAAGCUUUAUUCUCUAAACAUUUAAAUACGUUUUCUUGUCAUUUUGGAGCAACUGAGUGACAUGAAAAUAACUUGCAUGGACACAUUAAAUCCGCUAAACCGACAUUUGCUAUUUCUAUCAUAUGUAUGUUUAAGAAUAAGAUAAUUUCUUUGAAUUAGAUUGAUUGCCGUAUUAAAAACUCGUUAUUUUCAUUAAAUAGUACAAGAAAAUGACUCUGACUAAUAUUUAGUAGGUUUAGCCGAACUUUCAAUUUUCUUCAAUCAUACAAAAUUACUUGUAACAAAAAGCGAAUUUUUUUCGUUAAAAGCCUGGACUGAUACAGAUGUUGGCAAAAUUGGGUCAACGAGACCUCUUUUUCUUUAAUUCAGAACAUGAAACAUGUUUUGACAUAAUGUAAUGCAAACUCUGAGAUUAAGUGUCAUAUUCCGUCCUAUCGCGGUUUUUGAAUGUGGUUACAACCUAGCCUAGCAGUUGCACAUGAAAAGGUGUUCUUCCGGCGAUCCAAACAAACACUUUCCAAAUUUGUGACAAUUUUUUGAGCGUAAAAGUAAACAAAUGUAGGUUAUAUAUGUAAAAUCGUGAAGGCAUCAUGAGGUCUCUCGGUUAGCUGGUAUUCAUGUAUUCGGAUGUCAUCAGAAAAAUAUAAGCAUUUGAAAAUUUAAAAAACGGUUUACUAUUAAUACCUUUUUUGAACACAUGUACUUCCGAAGUAUCUUGAGCUACAAAUAUACUAUAUCAAGGGGAGAAAUAGGGUUAGACGGUUCAAAGAUAUUUGUUUGAAUUUUUAAAUUGUUAGUAAAACUAUUGAAAAAUAUAUUUCCAAAAUUUGAAAUUGAAAUUACGACUCGGUCUGUUGUAAGAACCAUUAAAGUGAGUAGCUUUCCUUCAGGUUCAACUUCUACUGCCCUUCCUUUUUUCUCGGCAAUCUUUCGCGUAUGCGUAACGAGCUGGUCGUUACUAAUGUGAUGCAGGACAAUUUUUGUAAUACAUGGCUUAAAGACUCGUUACAAUCACAUCCCAUCUUACAUUUUCUCACAUGUAGUGGAUUGGACGGGAUGCCCUUGGUAGGUAGGAGAUAAAAAUCUGAUCCUGACCAGUAGGGCGGAGGAUUGUUGACCCAGCUACCAUUUUCUAUGGAGCAGUCAUUUUAUUGUAGACCAUUGCCAGAAUAUCCGUUGUUUUUCCUACGCGUUUUUCUCAAAAUGACUUUUUCAACUUAAGUACAAGCUAAUUUGAAGUUUUUAACUAAUAGUUUUGAAAAAUGGCAGUUACUUCAAAGUAUUGCACUGUACAUGAACCUAAAAAUAGGAAUACUAUCAUUAUUUGGAACAAUUUUGUUUAUAAAAAAUUAGUUUUUUGUUUUGGCCCUUGUAAGAAAUUCAAUUUUUUAUAGAAUUUGGAUUCAUAAAGAAGGGGGACAUAAAAAUAACUUCAGAUUAAUAUUGCUGUUUUCUGAUUGUACGUAAAAUGCAAUUUGUUUGUGAUCUGCAAUAUGGAACAGCUAAUAUCCUCAAUUUUUUCAAAGGAAAUACUUCAAAAUUUUUAUAAUAUUUACUUGAAUUUUUGCAUAAAAUAUUCUCAGAGAUUCAAUGAAUUAUAUUCAUUUUUAAUAAAAAAAUAUCAAUUUAUUAUGUCGAUAGAAUUAUUUUGGUUGGUUUGGGAUAAUAAAUAAUUCCCGAAUUUCCGAUGAAGUGAAUCCAAUUUUCAAGUAAUUUAUUGAUGAAAUCAACCAAAAUAUAUAAAAAGCGUUCUCACUACAAUACCAUUUUGUGGUAUUGUUUUCAGUUAUUUUUGAUUAAUUGGAUAUUAAUCACAGUAUGCGACAAUUUAAAUAGUUUUCAACAUUCCCAUUCUAAAGGGGCUAUUGUUACCUCCAUAGUUAGAAAAUUUCAAUUAUAUUGAAAAAUGUCUAGGUAACGUCAACACUAGAAUAUUUUCAAAGAAAUUAUCUUCUACAUGUUCCACUGUAAAAAUUGUACCUAAAUCGUUUUAUGGAUACACUGUUAAUCGUACAUCAAAGUCUAUAUGUAUGGAUAUAUGGAUCUGGAUUUAGAAUUAUGAUUGUUAUUGAAAGUUGAGUGUUAUAACUUACUCUUCUAGUGAAAAACCUGUCAGUAUAUCCCCUAUGUGUGCAUCCAUCAGCAUGUGUUUGUGUCACAGUCAUAGGUUUUAAUUGCAAUUGCUUCAAAACGUAUAUAGUUAAUGUUUAGUUGAACAUUGUGGUAGUUCUCCCUUAUGUCACCCACGGUAUUUUGUUAAUAUUUCCAUAAGUAUUAUAUUCCGCUUUAUCUGCUGUCACUAACUUUCGGGAUUUAAAACAAUGUUAAGGCAUAAUCCAGUGAUGGCGAACCUUUUGAAGAAGUGGGUGAAAUUUUGAUCAAUAUUUUUUAGAUCUAGCCUGUGGGUCACUAUAGCAUGGUUUAUGCAGCCAAAAUUAAAAUAAACCUUAAACUAAACUUGAGUAUCAAGUCUAUAUCUGUUUAAAGAUUUCAUAAAGUUCUUUGACGAAAACAAUUUUCAACACGAAUAUGUGGACAAAAACAUCGUUAAAAGAGCAUUCGAAAUUUUUUUCAUUGAUACAAAAUUAUUUGGUAACAAAUCUCAUACGUUCAAUAUAAUAUUUUGAAUUUUUACUGUGGAGUCAUUAUUAUUUACACUACUUUCAGACAUUUUUCCUUCUCUUCCAUAAUGAAGUCUUCAAAUUUUGUUUUCCACACUACGCUGUUUUGAAAUUCAACUAACUCCAUUGUUUAAAGUUCUAUUCUGUGUGGAUGUAAAAUAAAAUUUUUUAAAUUGAUUGAAUAUCUCCUCAAAUGGUGUUUUAUUUCCUACAUAAUCAUUAAAUAAUAUUUUUUAUUGCAUUUUCUUGAAUGUCAACCGUGUUUCCAAAAAUCUUUGGUAGAGAUAUCAAGUUUCGUCAUAAAUAUUUUCAAACAUAAUUAAAACAAUCAGUCCAUGCCCUUGAACUUUUUUAUUCAGUUCAUUAAAAUGCCGAGUGAUAUCGCAUAAAAACAUUGAAUCAUUUAACCAUUGUAUAUUGGGAAAUUCAUGUUCUCUUUUUCAAUUAACAAAAUAUUAAUAUCCACUAAUAAUGUUACAAAGCGAUUAAGGACUUGAUCGAAAUUAAGCCAUCACACGUUGUUGUAUGUUAAAAUCCCUGAAUACUGGUAUUCAAUUUCUUCUAAGAAUUGUGUCAAUUGUUGUUUAUUAAGAGCUCCUAAGUUUAUGUUGAUAACUUUUAUUACAAUUAAUAUUACAUCGGAAAAUGUUUUUAAACCAUGCUUCGCACAUAAAACUUAUACUUGGUGUAUUAUACAAUGAAAUUUAAUAAGAAAAUGUGAAAUUUUUAGCUUAAAAUACUAAAUAAAUACAAUGUUUUUCCUAUCAUAUAAGGUGCACCGUCUGUUAUUACAGAAACUACUUUCUCUAGGUCAAUAUCCAUUUCUUUAAAUACAGCGUCAAUUUCUUUAAAAAUAUCAAGACCGAUACACUUCCCUUUCAACGUUACUUGUUUUAUUAAUUAACUCUUCUUUCAUUAUAUUUCCUGACUUAUACCGAACAAAAAUUGCUAAUUUUGCAUAACCAUUCAUAUCAUUACUGGCUUCUAAAGCAAUUGAAUACAUUUCUUCAUAAUUUAAGUCACUAUGUAUUUGCGAAAAAAUAUUUUCUAAUUCUAUUACUCGAUCUUUAAUGUGUUGCGACUUAUAAGUAACUCAUUUAUACGCUUUGUAAUCAAGUUUUUUUCUUUUAAAUCAGCAAACAAAGUAGCAUUACAUUCCAAAAACGCUUUUUUCGUAAAAAUUCUCUUUCUGAAAGACGUUUCCCGUGACGAGCAAUGCAAUACGCAACUUGCAAACUAGAAGCUGUAAUGUUAUUUUGUGCAACAAAUAGGUUUUUCUUUCUUCAUCUGUUGACACGCCGAGAUUAGAAUAAAACUUCUCAAAGUGUCUUUUUACAUUAUAUAUACUUGGAAGUUAUUUUUUUUUUCAUUACAAAUUACACAUAUAAUCAUUCUAUUUCUUUCAAUCACACCAUAGUUAUCAAACCAUUCAGUUUGAUAAGGUUUUUAAUUUUUUAGAUGCCGUCAUAGUACAGGGCUACAAUUAAAAGUAUUUAUAUUUAGAAUGCAAUAAUUUGAGAUUUUUUUAUUAACUUACUUAAUGUACAUAUUACAUAUAAUACUUUAACAAAAGUAUGAUUUGUUAGUCUAGCACUGGUACAUCCCCCCACCCUGCGAUGCAACGAAUAUGCAUGCGUCAAGUUGCGCAGGUACAGUAGUAACAGAAGAAAUAAAAAAUCAGCUAGACAAUGUCCAGUUGAAAAAUUUUCUUUCAUAAAUUCGAUUGUAAAUAUAAAAAUUUUAGUUUUUCAGUUUUUUGAGUAUUUAUUCUUUUUUGACAUAAAAAAUAAAUUUUUAAAAAUCAAAAUGUGGAAUAUUUAAAAAGCCUGGGUGGGUCAUGGGUUCGCAGUCACUGGCCUAAUAAAUACAUAGUUUCUUGGCGACUGAAAAAACAAAUGCGGGAAUAAAAAUUGAGGACUGUUGAUUGAGAUAAGUCAGGAUACUACUUUCUAUUUAAAAUCUCGAAAAGGGAAAUACUGUAAUCUAAUCAUAAGAUUUUAUGCGUGAACAGUUAAAAUAAGCUUUGAAGUAAUAUUGCUUAAUAACUUUUGAAGUACGUGUUGUGGUAAUAUCUUUUCAGUAGAUGUGCUAAUGAUUUUUUAUAUUUUUGUGCGAGUAUCGUUUUAUAAUUGUAAUAUGAAUGCAAUCAAAAAUGUUGAUUAAUUGAUUUUCUUGAAGUAGAAAUCUAGACUCGCUAUAUAGAAAAGUUUUUUAGACAUAUUCCAAAGAGAUGUAAAAUACUAAACGAUUAGAAGCCUAAUUGCAAUCGUUCAAGGCUUGUUUGAAUAUGAUUGAAUCCAGGGCCGGAUUAAGAUUUAUAAGGCCCGGGGCUAAAAUAAUGACGGGGCACCCUUAAGGAAUUCGAAACCCCGGAAAAAUUCACAAAAUAAUAUCAAUACGUUAGAUUUGUGGUAUCAACACAUCAAAAAAUACAGAAUGAUUUCCAAAUGAUGGGGCCCGGGGCUAUAGCCCCCCCCCCAAGCCACUAGCUUAAUCCGGCCCUAUUGAAUCACACUAAUUGGAAAGCUUAAAUAUAUCAGAAUAGUCAACUAAAACACAUCGAAUUGAAUAGAAAAAUUUUAAAUAUUAAAUAGUUUCUUCGCCUUAUUUUUUGAAAAGUUUCAAAACUAGAAUUUUUAUAGAUAUUUAUCAAUCUCAGCACUGGACUAACCAUCAAUAGGUAUUUUUUUGAAGUAAAUGUGUAAUUAAAUGAGACUUGUAUAAACAGUUACUUUUUUCAGUUUAGUGAAUUAUUAUUCGAAAAUAAAAAUUAAUUCCAAAGUAUUCACCAAAAUAUAACCAAUUGCGGCCUCUUAUUGAUUUGUGUUGAAGUAGUAACUAAUAAUUAUAACCUAUAUGAGCAGCUUAGUGGUAGGUCAUCCGACAUUUUAUAAAAAAAUUGUAAUCUAUUGAAAAGAUAAUAAUACUCAAAAAAUCUUAUUCUCUUGAAACCUGUCCACAUUCAUUUAGUAUGUAAUUAUUUAAGCCUGUCAAUACCUUUCGAGUAUGGUACUUUAUAUUACAAAGAAAUGUAUAUUAGUAGAAAUAUGAAGUUACUUAUUAAAAAAUACGUGGAAAUAUGUGAACCUAAAUACAUAGUAGGUUUAAUCCUAUUUAACAUAACAUAAUAAUUAUAUUUUCUUUUUGUGACUAAUGUUGCUGCUUCUUAUCAAUUUCUUAUUAUUGUGCGACAUUUUGUAUAAAAACAAAGCUUAUACACACACACCAAUGUUUGCACACAUAAAAAAUCCUUCCUUAUCAAAUUUCAAUUGUUUAUCUUCCUGUUUAAAAAAUUGAAAAGGGGAACAACUUAAUGUGCACUGUACAAUGUUUAUCUAGCUUUAUUAUAUUAUUUCUUGUUUUUAAAUAAAAUAUAAUUUGUCAAUGUAAUGAUUAUUAAUCUACAAAUUAUAUAUGGAGAUCUAGAAUGUAUUACAGCACAGUCAAUAACAAUUUGAAUAGUUAUAGUUACUAACUUGUGUGGUGCUAGGACAGAUGAACUAGAAACUGGCAAAAUGGCCAUGUUGCAAAGAUCUGUGAUUGUUAGCUUGUUAGAUGUAAUUAAAAUUACAGUAGCUUUUUAUUUAAUUUAUCCAUUCAAAUAUUUAUAAAAUUCCUUUUUUAAUUCCUUCAAUCCCCAAAAAUAAACAGUUGAUGGUUUAAA